GCUCAGAUCUCCAUUUUGUAUGUUUUUCUUGGAGGUUAGCGCCUACUUUCCUAAUGGCUAGCUGCGACUCUCCACAGCUCAGUCACUUCAACGCAGUUUGCAUGACAAUUAACAGCGAGAUCGAACAGCAAGAUUGAAAACUCGUAAGAACACACCCUGAUCGACGUGUUUGUGUCGUUUCAUCAAGUCAUGUAGCGAUACGCGAAGAGGAGGAACAGUUAACGCUAACAAACAUUGAGUCAGUGGUGCGUGUUGUGGACUGCCACUUUCAACCAAAACAAUGUUGACAGACGACCUGUGGACACGUACCAACAGUCGGUCAUUUGAACGAUGGACAAUGGUGGAGUGAAGAAGAUAACGUAUAGAAGAGAUGAUCAUCUGAGCAAAUUGGUCUACACUGAAAGCCCUGAGAAGGGAGGUGUGUUGAAAGUGGCUCCUCACAGUGCCAUGUCCAUCACCUCUGUCGUUCUACCACCCAGUCUGUUGAUGCAGCCAGGACAGGUGCCUAACGGCCUCAGCAACAGCCCUCUUCCAGAGGAGCUCACCUCUGUCACUGCCACCGUAGGCCCCUUGUUGGAAGACCAAGAGUCCAGGUUUCUGACCAAAGACCAGAAGCUUCAGCAGCAGCACUUGCUCCAGUCGCAGACUUCCGCUACGUUUGGUCGUCAAACUUUGAGGGAAAAUUUGCCCCAGCCAGAGGCAAGUAUAGCAGACAUUUCACAGUCCUCCAUGGAUUCACUUAUUGGGGGAUCAGAUCCCAAUUUCUUCCACACGAAAACAGAGGAUUUCUCCAUGGAUAAAGGAGAGCAGGAUCCCAUUGACCUUGAUCAUGCAUUUGAUCACAUUGGGAAAGAUGUGGACGUGAACCAGAAAUUUUUCAGCGACAACACUUUGGACCUGCUCCAAGACUUCGAGCUCACUGGGUCCCCCUCAGAUUUUUAUGUCGGGGACGAUGCCUUCCUGUCCACUCUGGGGGAUGAUUCAAUGCUCGUGGACGUUAGCUCAGAGAGGGACAUAAAGCCCGUCUUGGUUGAGAGCAUCAACAGUAGCGGGACGGUCUCUGUGGCUCUCAAUGGCAGCAAUAUGGCAAUCCCAGAACAGUCCAGUGCUAGCGUGUGCACGACUGCCUCCUUAAUUCCUACAACCACUUUGUCUGCGUUGGUGAAGAAAGAAAAAGAUGCGGGCUUCAUUCAGCUCUGCACCCAAGGUGUGAUCAAACAGGAGAAGACGUCUGCAGGCCAGAAUUACUGCCAAAUGAGCGGCACAUCCACUACAGACGUGCCCAGAUCUAGCCCCAUCUCCAUCUGUGGGGUGAGCACUUCCGGGGGACAGAGCUACCACUUCGGAGUCAACCCCAGCAGCAGUGACGCUCAGCAGCAGAAGGAACAGAAGUCCGUAUCCAGCCUGUAUCUCCCGGUGACUACGAUCGGCCGGGCCUGGAACAGAAACCAAGGUGUCGGGAACAACUCCGCAAUGCUCCGGGCCAGUGAGGCGUUCUCAAGCUCUCCCUCUUACCCCACCAGCUUUGCAAGCCCUAACUCCAGACAGGAAGUGGUCACCGCUACGUCCUCCACACAGGGAAAGAGUGGGAUUCGUAAGAUCUGCCUGGUGUGCUCUGACGAGGCUUCAGGCUGCCACUACGGCGUCCUCACCUGUGGCAGCUGCAAGGUCUUCUUCAAGAGAGCAGUGGAAGGGCAGCAUAAUUACCUGUGUGCUGGGAGGAACGACUGCAUAAUAGACAAGAUCAGGAGGAAGAACUGCCCGGCCUGCCGCUUCCGCAAGUGUCUGAUGGCAGGCAUGAACCUGGAGGCGCGCAAAACCAAGAAAUUGAACCGCUUAAAGCCGAACAACCCGCCCGAGCCGACUCCUACUCCGCCGAUCGAGGCUCGCUCCCUUUUACCCAAGUGCAUGCCUCAGCUCAUUCCCACCAUGCUGUCCCUGCUGAAGGCCAUCGAGCCGGACACUAUCUGCGCCGGCUACGACAGCACCCUGCCUGACACCUCCACCCGCCUCAUGACCACGCUCAACAGGCUGGGCGGCCGGCAGGUCAUCUCUGCUGUCAAGUGGGCCAAGGCUCUGCCAGGUUUUAGGAACCUGCACCUGGACGACCAGAUGACUCUGCUGCAGUGCUCCUGGCUCUUCCUCAUGUCUUUCGGUCUGGGCUGGAGAUCUUACCAGCAGUGCAACGGCAACAUGCUGUGCUUUGCACCGGACCUCGUCAUCAACGAGGAGCGGAUGAAGCUGCCCUACAUGGCCGACCAGUGCGAGCAGAUGCUGAAGAUUUCCAGCGAGUUCGUCCGGCUGCAGGUUUCCCACGACGAGUAUCUGUGCAUGAAGGUCCUGCUGCUGCUCAGCACAGUGCCGAAGGACGGCCUGAAGAGCCAGGCGGUGUUCGACGACAUCCGGAUGUCGUACAUCAAGGAGCUGGGGAAAGCCAUCGUGAAGCGCGAGGAGAACUCCAGCCAGAACUGGCAGCGCUUCUAUCAGCUGACCAAGCUGCUCGACUCCAUGCAUGAGAUGGUCGGUGGACUGCUCAGCUUCUGCUUCUACACCUUUGUGAAUAAAUCCCUGAGCGUAGAGUUCCCGGAGAUGCUCGCGGAGAUCAUCAGCAACCAGUUACCAAAAUUCAAGGCUGGGAGCGUCAAACCUCUGCUCUUCCACCAGAGAUGACAGUGCCCCGUAACAGACACAAUGCCUUAAAAUCCCACCACAUCACCUCACCAAUCCCCCCCCCCCCCCACCCACCCCUCUGAGGUGCGACGAUGAAAGGAAUGAGGAGCCGAGGAGAGAAUGAUGUUCGUGAGAGCGAGCGCGGAGACGUUUGUGUAGAAACGAGAGGGUGGGCACAGAUGUUUUGUUUUUGUCGAGCAGACGUAAGAUGUGUAUAACAAGUAGGAAAUGUUUGUAAGAUAAAGAAAAAAUAUAAUCACAAAGAAAUAUAGGCUAACAUCCAUGUUGUCUCAGGUUUCUUACCUUCAAAUCCAGAACAAUAUCUAAGAUAGAUAAACAGAUGUCUAUGUGCAGGUUCUGAUAGUAUUUUCUACAUUUUCAAAUUAACAGUUUAUACAAUUUUCCAGGUCGUCGUUACCUGGGAAGGUAACCGAGCUUAAUGAAUACGACAUGCUCUUAAGUAGGCUUUUAGACUGUAUGUUGCUCAUUUAGUUUUUAUAGGAGGUUGUAACAAAAUGUUUUAUCAGUCAUGCGGGGGGGGGGGCUUCUGUAAAUCAAAACAGUUCUGUUGGAUUAUUAUUGGACGCGCAUCGUUAAAACACAAGCUGACCUCUCACAGGUUUACACAAGUCUACUUUAAAAGGGAAGAGAAUAUAGAAUAUGUGCCUUUUUUGCUUCAGACCUCAUCUUAGCCAUUUCUUCCUUUCCUGUUCGGGGCGUGCUCUCUGAAACCCACCGCGGUCUAAACCCUCAUCGUGUGUCGAUUGUACUUCUCGCGUUACGUGCAGCUGCAACUUUUUCCUUUUCUCUCUUUGUACCGUGUUUAUCGGUGGAAGUGCGGGUCAGCUCGGCCCGUCCUCCAUGUGUAGAAACGGUGAAUAUUCAAUGCGAUAUCCGCACACUCAACUCCUUAAUUGCGAUUAGAGCACUUUGUACCCCCGCUAAAGGCUUUGAAGGACUGUGAAGAAAGACUGUUAUGCUGUACCGGUCUGUUAUGAAAUGACUUCAGAUGGAAGUCGUGAAACCUUUUUUCUAUAGGAACUAGCUGGCUUUGAUAUUUAUUUCAGACCCCACUUCUGCCCCCAAAUAGUCUAGUAAUGGAAUGUGUUGGAUACCUGCGUCGACCAAUCAAAGAGAGGGCAUAUUA